AUGAGGAUGUUGAAGGAUCAUCAACACUCUAUCUAUGUCCAGUAUGGCUACCCUCCCGGAGCUCAACACAACAGACUGACAGUAGCGAGCAUCCAGCAGCUCUGGAAUGAGUGGGAGAUCCAGUGCUUGGUGCUUGUGAGCUUCUCCCUGCAAGUCUUCCUCCUCUUCUUCGCGGGGCUCCGGAAGCGCCAUCGCUCUCGCAUUCUCAGCCUGCUGCUGUGGCUUGCCUACCUGUUGGCCGACACCGUCGCGGUCUUCGUUCUCGGCCGCCUCACACGUGUUGGAGGCGACGACUCACUGGUGCUCUUCUGGGCACCGUUCAUGUUGCUCCACCUCGGAGGGCAGGACACCAUCACAGCCUUCUCCAUGGAGGACUGCGCACUGUGGAAGAGGCACCUGCUGAACCUCACCACCCAGGUGGCACUGGCCAUCUACGUCGUGGGCAAGCAAUGGCAAGGGGACAAGCAACUUGUGGCUCCCAUGGUGCUAAUCUUCAUCUCUGGGACAGCCAAAUACAUGGAGAGAAUAUGGAUACUUGGGAGAGCCGGCUCAUGGGGACCUAUAAGCAGGCCUUGGGGUCCGUUGUGUGGGCAGAAAAGAACCCUGGGGGUCAGGCUUGACACACAUGCUCCUAUCUGGUCAUUGUUCUCUUCUGACAUGGAGGAUGUGGCUCAUGACAUGUUUUAUAAUAGCAUGAACUAUUUCAUGAACAGGACUAGUAAACGGCUUCGCGGGACUGGUUUAGGUCAGGAGGAACGAGAUCGUCUCAAGUCAGACGAGGGAGUUAACUUGGCAUACAAGUUGGCUGAGACCCAACUCUCAUUGAUCUAUGACUUCUUGUACACCAAGUUUGGAAGCCUCGAUGGUGUGUUGCACCGUCUCACCAUCCUUGUCAUAAACUCUACAGCUCUCGCUCUGUUUGCUGUUCAUCAUAAGGGAGGGAUGGGGCGAUCAGAAGCUGUGAAGUACUACUACAGAGUAGCUGAUGUUGCCAUCUCUUACAUAUUGCUUGUGGGUGCAGUGGCGUUUGAGAUAUCCUCUAUAUUGAUGUGGCUCAUGACAUCAUAUUCGCCAUCCAACGUAUGCACAGGACCAAGCGGAGGCCAUAGUCCAAGAAUUGUGCUUAGCAUCCUCAAGCGCCUCCGCCCAGCACCGAAAAGCAACAGAUUGGAGUGGUCAGGUAAGCUGUGGCAGUAUAACUUUAUUGAUGAAAUCAUCCAAAAGGAGAAGGCAACAAGGGAAUAUGGAUGGCUGAAACGGAUGAUGUGGCGUAUCGGCAUCAAGCAAUACCACCACACAACCAAACAUGUUGCCAUCUCCCCAGAGGUAAAGAAGGUGUUCCUUGAUAAGCUGUGUGACAAUCACUGGAAGUUGUACUUCAGCAGCUUCACUGCCGAGUGGGCAGCUUAUAUUCCUUCCUCCUCCUCUGGGUUUGGUGCAGCUAAGCAGAAAGUCCGAGGCAUCUUCAAAGACAGGGAUUUUGUAUCAAGUGCCUUUCUUUGGCACCUUGUGACAGACAUAUGCCUAGUAAGGGACGAGACGCCCUCUGAGCUUAGAACCUGCAGCCAACACGUGUCCAAUUACAUCAUGCACCUGGUCUACAAGUGCAACUUGAUGGUUGAUGCUGACGGGUGUUUAUUUUUCGAAGAAUGUAUAAAGUGGAUUGGCGCGUUUUGCAAAGAUGCCAACUAUGAUAAGAGGGACCUCCUCCAGAGAUUCUACGGUGACGAUUCUCACUCUGAAGGUUCAGUUGGCCAUCUAGCUAGUCUAGCUACUGAUGUGGCUUUUCUGCUCAACGGUGAAGUAGCAGCUGCUGAUCGGUGGGAGAUGAUCGCAACGGUAUGGAUGGAAAUGCUCUGCUACAUCGCAGUCAACUGUGAUCAUGGGUUCCAUGCCAAGCAGCUGAGCGCUGGAGGGGAGUUCCUCACUCAUGCCAAGAUGAUCAUGUUUCCCAUACUACAACUGGCUGAUCCCGAUGAGCAGUGA